GGAGAACCCUGAGUGGGCGAGGUAUGUAGACAAGCUGUGGGCAGAGGUCCCGCCUUUCUCUUAGCCGGACAAAUUGGCCAAUCAUAACGGCGGACUGAUAGCAUCAAAUGGGCGCUUGGCGGCCGCCAUGGUCUCGUCCGUGUUGCUAAUGGUCGGCGUGACGCUCGUGCUGCCAAACCCGCCCUGACCUCGGCUCGUCGCAUCCAGCUCAUCUACCAUCUGACACACAAGACAAUCGGGGAGAUCAAGGGUGGACGAAGACACGUCGAUGUGUCAUGUGUCAGCUAUCCACGUACCUCGAAUGUGAUACUGUCGCCCUUGAAGGACACGGCCUGCACCAGGCGGUCGCCCUUCUUGACCGUGUAGUCCUCACCGCGGAUGUUGUCCAGGGCGGCCUUCAACUCGCCACGGUAACCAGCGUCUAUCAAACCAACUGACCGACACGCAGAUCCACACAGGCAUCCGUCCAUGUGUCUGUCCGCACAAAAAGAGUGCAGUCAGCGCAGAUCUAUCACUCCCAGCUACCUACCUCCGUUGCAGAGCCGCAGUGGCGUUUUGGCGAUGGACGAGCGGGGGAAGAGCAGGAAGCUCACGCCCUUGUCGCCCUCCGAGGCCGAGCACUGUAUGCCCAGGUUGACGAAUCCAGUGGUGCCAGCUGCGAUGGUCUGGUCCUGCACGACGAAGAGGUCCAGGCCCGAGUCGCCCGCAUGAUAGUGCCCGUGGUUGCUGUACAGCUCACGGGCUGCAUCGUUCAAGGGCUUCACCUUCAGAUGCAUUUCGUCGUUCACGACCCCCCCAAAAGCACCCAGCUGGGGGGAGUCGUCGGAUCGGUUCUUUCGGGGUUGCCAAUCGACCCAAUGAAUCAACCGAAAAAAACGCACACGGAAAAGACGCCAGGAAAGCGCAUGCAGCCCCCACCCUUCAAAAUCAGUCCCAGUGUGAAGGCCCCUCACGCACAACGGCGAACAGAGCUCGGGUGAGAAACACACCCACGCCGCCUCGUCAUUGGCUCCUCUGAAGGGCAAGGCACCGUGCUGACGGGGACAUUGCUGCAAUUGCAUUGCUGUCGGGGCGGCUGGAGGUCGGCCAGAACAUCGUCAUCUACCCACACGCAGUGCAGACGCGCAUCAGGACCAUUCAAGUGCCAAGAUGGGGCAAGGAGGUGUCUUCUGAUGGGUGAGUGAUUGUGUUUUGUGUGUACGUGUUCGGAGUUUCAAAUAGGACCUCGCUAGUGCGUCGCAGACCGUGUGUCCAUCUGUGCCCCGGCAAUCGGAGGCGAGGAGCUGACGGACGGUCGGUCGGUCACUGCCUAAGGUGCGAGACGGUGUGUUUCAUGGCCAAUCGGCGUGCAUAUGAGACAGACGUUCCAAGAAACAUUCACGGGCGAACAGAAAACAACAGAGGACCCAGACGAACAUGUAGAAGAGAACACAGACAACACUAUGACAGAUAUGUACGAAAACACGCAAAGACACGCAACAGAAACCAUCGAUUGUCAACAGGCCAAGACACCGAAGCAUCUGGACAUGCACAUCGUAUCAAAUCACACGCAAAAAGGUGAGAACAGUCCUGGCGAUCAAUAGAGAGACACAUACGGC